CCACGGCCUCCUAACUAUCCCUUUCAUGCUUGGUUAUGAGGCCCCUGCUUUUCUUCACUGUCCUCCUCUGGCUCAGGGGAACCUUCGCAGAGGAUGAAGAUGGAUGCAACCAGGUAGAGGUGCCCGCAGAAAGUGAGCAUGGAGGACAACCUCUGCAGGUGAACGUCAGUAGUCAAGGUCAGCCGGCGAGCCUGGUCCUGAACUGGGGGACUGGAGUCCCAGCUGGGCGGGGCUAUGUUCUCCGUCUUACCCGCCUAGGCUUCUCUGCCCCUCUGGAGAAGCUGCAGCUCCAGGUUGGCCCCAAUGCCAGUGGCUUCCAGUUCCAGGACCUGAUCCCUGGGAGCCACUACCAGCUUGAGGUGACGGUGCUGCUACCCUGCUCCCAGAAUUCCACUAUCACCCUCACAGCUCAGACGACACCUUCACCUGUCCACAACCUGACACUCCGCAACUCUGGGAGCCCAUCUAGGUUAGAGGCUACUUGGGAGUCUGCUUCUGGACAACUAGAUGACUACCAGCUUCUCCUUUACCACUUGGAGUCUCAGACAUUGGCGUGGAACAUCUCGGUGACUCCAGGAACUCUCUCCUGCCAUUUUGGCAGUCUCCUGCCAGGCAGUGAAUAUGCCCUAUGGGUCACAACCUGGGCUGGUGACCUCUAUGCCAAGACCAGCAUUCGUCAGUGGACAACUCCAACACCACCAGAACAUUUAGCGUUGUUUGCCAUGGGGACCAGCGCCCUUCAAGCCUCUUGGAGCAGGGCUGAGGGGGCAGCUUGGUUUCAUCUGACUCUUCUGGAUCUCUUGGAUGGUGCUAUCCUCACAGCUGUGGCCCAGCGGGGGACCACCAACCACACUUUCUAUAACCUUUCCAUGGGCACUCCCUACCAGCUGUCACUAGAUGCUACUUCUGGCCUCUUCCACAUUGGAGGACCCAAUGCCACCGCGUGGACCUAUCCCUCUGUCCCUUCUGACUUGCUGCUGACUCCUUGGCCCCCUGGGCUCUCGGCAAGCUGGCAGGCAGGGCCAGGGCACCUGGAUGGCUACCUGUUACGGCUGAGUGGGCAGGUUGAGAGGAACAGUACCUUGGGACCUGAGGCUCUCAACACCACCUUCCCAGGCCCUCUUCCUGCUGGCCACUACACUUUGGAACUCACAGCCCUAGCCGGACCCCACGGUGCCUCAGCUCAGGCUGAUGCCUGGCUAGAGUCCUUUCCAGAUUCCAAGGCCAGGCCCCAGCCUGGGGUUCUCCAGUUAGCCGGACUGCAGGCAUCAAGGGAGCCAGGCCGCAGGGUACUGCUCUAUGCCGAGGGCUCCCCAGAUGUCAUUGCCAACGUUUCUGUGUUGCCCAAUGCCACCCACGUCACUUUCCGAGGGCUGGUGCCAGGUGCCCAAUACCGAGUCGAUAUUAUCUUACCCUCAGGGGUCACCGCUCAGAGCAUGGUGGGGCAUACCUGGCCCUGGGCUCCACAGUCACUGGAAGUCGCAAGCAGGGGCAGCACCUCCAGCCUGGAUGUCCGAUGGGUAUCUCCAGAAGGAAGGAGGGAUGGGUACAGGGCUUCCUGGCAGGAAAAAGGGACCCAGAAGACUCUAGGCUUCCUCAGUGUGGGCAGCAAGCAAACUAGUCUGACUCUUACGGGCCUCACCCCUGGUUCCUGCUUCCUCGUGUCAGUUUGGGCCUGGGCUGGGCACCUUAAUUCUACCACCCAGAAGGCACAUACUUGCACAUUUCCUGCUACCCCUGCCAACCUGAGCCUGGGAAGUGAAGGCAAACCUUCUACCCUGACUGCCCACUGGAGCCCACCUCCUGGGUCCUUGGAUGGCUACCGGUUAUGGCUGUACCACCUAGCACCUCUGGGACUGAAGGGAAAAGAAGCACUCUCUUCUGAUAUUCAGAGCUUCUCCUGGUCCCGGCUACCCCGAGGCGUGGAGUUCAUGGUACAACUGGUGGCCCUGCGGGGUGUAGAUGAGAGUGACGUUAUAAAUGCCACAGCCUGGACAUAUCCUGAGGCACCAGUAAACCUGACUCUCUUCAAUGUGGGCAGUCCCGAGGUCUCAGCCCUACUUGCGUCCUGGAAACCAAGUGGAGCACAGAGCUUUGAGCUUACUUUGUACCAGCUGCCAUUGGGCAAUGCCACUCACCGUGUUAUCCUCAUGGGAAAUGUCACCAACUACACCUUCUGGGGGUUGGAGCCAGGAACAGCUUACACUUUGAGGGCUGGUGGCAUUGGGGGGCCUUACCAGGCCUGGGCUCCCAACCUCACUUCAUGGACUCUUCCCUUGGCCCCAGCCAUGGUAAAUGUGACCAGUGAGGACCCAACCAGGCUACGUGUGUCCUGGGAUCAGGCCUCUGGGAGCCUGGAUGGCCACCGAGUCACCCUUCGCCAGGAAGGCACUACAGUGAGCACCAGGGCUGUGGGACCUGAGGUGAACAAUAUCAGUUUUUCCAGUCUGACUCCAGGCACCAAGUACUGGGUGGAGAUUGUCUCUUUAGCUGGGCCCCACCAUUCUGCAGCAGCCAACGUCACCAGCUGGACCCCCCCACUGGUGCCCAAAGAGCUGUCAGUGACCAUGCAAGGGGCCAGUGCCAUGGUGGCUUUGACUUGGGCUGCUGUCCCAAGGGGGCAGGAGGAAUGCCAGGCCCAGCUCUUAGAGUCUGGACAGUUAUUCCACAGGCAACCUGUGUCCCUGGGCCAAGCCCGCUUCAUCCUAAGGGGCCUGACUCCUGGGCAUACCUUCUUCUUCUCCGUGCUGUGUCAAGCUGGGCCUCUCCAAGCUUCUACCAGUCCAAUAGUGCUGCUCAUUGAGCCCAGGCCAGUGGAAGAUGUGCAGUGCCAAUCCGAGGCCACCCACCUGGCACUGAACUGGACAGUACCUGUAGGAGAAGCAGGUACCUGUCUGGUAGUGGCAGAGCAGCUGGGGACUGGGGGGAAAGCACAACCCGUCUUCAGUGCCAACACCUCCCAGAAUGCUCUCCGGCUCCCUGGCUUGACACCUGCUGCUUCUUACCGCCUUAGUCUCACCUUGCUGGGGAGAAAUGGGCUAUGGAGUCAGACGGUCACUGUGCUGUGUACCACUUCUCCAGAAGCCUGGCACCCCCCGGAGAUGGCAGCUGCCCCUCACUUGGAGUCUGCGGCAGGUGCUGGGGUGGUGAUCACACGGGACAUGUUUGGUGAGGAUAACGGACGGAUCCAAUGGUAUGGUGUUAUUGCCACCACCAAUGCCUCAUUGAUACAGCCAUCCCAGGAAGCCAUCUCCCACACCUGGUAUGACCAUUACUACAGAGGACUUGAUUCUUAUUUGGCUGUCUUGCUGCCCUCCCCCUUCCGCCCAGGCCCCUGGGCAAUGCCUCGCUCUUGGACAGUGCCUGUGGGCACUGAGGAUUGUGGCCAAACCCAGCAAACCUGCAAUGGGAAACUCAAGCCAGAUGCCCAAUAUAGGUUCAGUGUUGCAGCCUUUACCAGCUCAGACUCGGUCAAUCCUACUGUCUCCUUUACAGCCUUCUCAGAGCCUCGGGCCAGUGUCUCAGGGGCAUCGAUGCCACUCCUGGUAGCAUCAGGCAUUGUAUCAGGUUGCCUCUUUACCCUGGGUGCCGUGCUAGGCCUGCUGUGCUGCAGACGUAUGCGGGUUAAAAGGGCAGAAAAGAAUUAUUUCUCCCAAGAGAUGACACCCUACACCCAAACGAACAUCCACCGGCCAAUUCUCAGGCAGAACUUCCGACAGAGCUAUGAGGCCAAGAAAGUCAAUUCCCAUUAUGAUUUCUUCCGGGAGUUUGAGGAGCUAAAGGAAGUUGGCAAGGAGCUGCCCAAAGUGGAGGCAGAGAACCCUGCUAAUGCCAUCAAGAAUCGCUACCCACAUGUGCUUCCCUAUGAUCAUUCUCGAGUGAGGCUGACUUUUCUGGAUGAUGAGCCUCAUUCUGACUACAUCAAUGCCAACUUCAUCCCGGGUUAUACCCGACCACAGGAGUUCAUUGCCACUCAGGGCCCACUCAAGAAGACAAUGGAAGAUUUCUGGCGGUUGGUGUGGGAGCAGCAGGUCCACACAAUCGUCAUGUUGACUGUGGGCAUGGAGAAUGGGCGGGUCCUGUGUGAGCAUUACUGGCCAGUAGACUCCAAACCGGUCACUUAUGGCCAGAUCAUCGUCCGCCUCGUGGCAGAGGAGAAAGGAGAAGACUGGACAUGCAGGGAAUUCCAGGUGCAACAUGGCUCCCAGGAGCAGGAACGCAGGAUCGAGCAGCUGCAGUUCUUAGCCUGGCCAGACCAUGGUGUUCCUGAGGCCCCCAGUUCUUUGGUCAGCUUUGCAGAGUUGGUACAGGAGCGAAUUCAGGCUGCACCUAGCACGGCACCCACCUUGGUGCACUGCAGCGCCGGUGUGGGCCGAACUGGCACUUUUGUGGCCCUGGUUCGGCUCCUACAACAGCUACAAGAGGAACAGAUGGUGGAUGUGUUGCACACGGUGUAUACCCUGCGGCAAAGUCGGCCCCUCAUGAUCCAAACCCUGGCCCAGUACAUCUUUCUGCACAGCUGUCUGCUGGAGAAGAUUAUGGAGGAGCCAGCUGGGUCUCUUGUCUCCCGGCCCAUCAAUGUGAAGAACUUCUCACAGAAGCAUGCCAAGAAGUUGGCCAACUCCAACGCUGGCUUCCUAAGGGAAUAUGAACUCCUUCUGGAAGCCAUCAAGGACCAGGGUAAAGCCCGACAUCCGGUGGGCAGUACCUUCUCCCUUCUCCUUCCCUAUGAGCAUAGGAGAGUGGAGCAGAGUCCCACUGACUCUCUUCAGCCCUGGUUCUUUCCAGGGAAAUCUUCCAUCCCAGACCAAGUAGCACUGGCAGGUCCUGCAAAGGCAGAAGAGUUCUGGCAGUUGGUGUGGAAGCAUGGUGCCCAUGUUCUAGUCUCCUUGCGCCCUCUGGAUACUCAGAAUGAGGAAUGGUGCCCGGCGUUGGAGCAGCCCAUCUGCACCAAGACGUUGACUGUCCGCUGUGUGGUACAGAGUGACAUGGCAGGAUGGUUUUGUCUUCAUCUGAACAUCAAACAUGAAAAGAAAGAAAAGGAACUCGGGGUGCGACUGCUACAGUUCCCAAGCUGGGAAAGUGGGCAAGAGCCUCCAGCCCAGGUCCUGUUGUCCUUCCUGGCAGCUGUGGAUCAGUGCUACCCACAGGUCAACAGAAAGAAGCCAAAAACAAUACUUGUUUACUCCAGCUCAGGAAGGGUCCAGCUGGGGAUUUUCUUGGCUGUGGAGAGGCUGCUGGAGCAGGCAAAGUUCUGGGGCUCGGUGGACAUCUUUGGCGUGGUCCUGCAGUUGGCACGGGCCUGUGGCUCUAUGACGCCGACGCUGGAUCAGUACAUUUACCUCUACAGCUGUGUGGGCAGUGCCCUGGCCAAUGAGCUAGCCUAAGGGAAGGGGUGCAGCUGCCCAGGAGCUAAAGAGUCUUGGAGCCCUUCUGCUUUGGAUUCAGAUUGAACUUGGCUUGGCCAGUGCGGAUGAGUCUCAGGGGCCUGGCCUGCUCCCCCGCUGUGGGGGUGGUCUCCAUGUCCAGUCUCCAGGACAGGACUAUGAAAUCGUGGGCCUCUGCAAAUAAACAUAGAUGAUCAAAAACUAAGACUGGGUGUAUUCUGUCAUCUUCUCUUCAACUCCCCUCUUAGCCCACACUAGGGUUAGAAGAAGGGUCAGAGCCAGGAAGUAGUCGAGUGAAAAGAGA